AUGGUAGGUACGGGAUCAGGACCAUUAUUACGCAAACCAUUAGGUAAAGUAACAGAACCAAAAAUCGUUACAUUAAGAGAUGGAACUAAAGCUACUGUUUAUCCUAUAAAUUCAGUAGAAAAAAUUCCUCAAUCUUUAUUCAAUUAUUUACAUAAAGAAUUUAAUGAAGAAUUAGAUAGAGGUCAAACUUACCCAUAUUAUCAUCAACAAUCAUCUGAAGAAUUUAAAGAAUCUUGGUUUCAAGCUUUUGUUGCCAUCAUGUUAAAAGGUGAAAAUCCAGGUCUUGGUGAUGAAUCAACAAAUUGGGAUGAAUUAUAUUUGGGUACUUAUUACAUUAAACCAAAUUACGCGGGUCGUUGUUCUCAUAAUUGUAAUGCUGGAUUCCUUGUUAGUACUAACUCAAGAGGUAAGGGGGUAGGUAAAGCUUUGGGUAAAACAUAUCUUGAUUGGGCUCCAGUACUAGGAUAUACAUAUUCUGUUUUCAAUUUGGUGUUUGUUACAAAUGUUGCUAGUGUGAAGAUAUGGGAUUCUUUAGGAUUUGAUCGUAUUGGAUUAGUACCAAAAGCUGCAGAUCUUAAAGGUUAUGAUGAACCUGUUGAUGCUAUUCAAUUUGGUAAGAGAUUGGCAUAA